UUAGGGCGAGGAUGGCGGCAGAGAACGAGGCUAGCCAGGAGAGCGCCCUAGGCGCCUACUCACCAGUGGACUACAUGAGCAUCACCAGCUUCCCGAGACUGCCGGAGGACGAGCCAGCGCCUGCGGCCCCACUGAGGGGUCGCAAGGACGAGGACGCCUUCCUGGGAGACCCGGAUACUGACCCGGACUCCUUCCUGAAGUCUGCCCGGCUUCAGAGGCUACCUUCGUCAUCCUCGGAGAUGGGCAGCCAGGACGGGUCACCCCUACGGGAGACGCGCAAGGACCCAUUCUCGGCGGCGGCGGCCGAGUGUUCCUGCCGCCAGGACGGGCUCACGGUCAUCGUCACCGCCUGCCUCACUUUCGCCACCGGUGUCACCGUGGCGCUGGUCAUGCAAAUCUACUUCGGGGAUCCUCAGAUCUUCCAGCAGGGUGCUGUGGUGACGGACGCCUCCCGUUGCACAACGCUGGGCAUGGAGGUGCUCAGUAAACAGGGCUCUUCCGUGGAUGCAGCUGUGGCAGCAGCCGUGUGUUUGGGGAUUGUGGCUCCACACAGUUCUGGCCUGGGCGGUGGGGGCGUGUUGCUGGUACACGAUAUCCGACGGAAUGAGAGCCACCUCAUUGAUUUCCGGGAGUCUGCCCCCGGGGCCCUGAGAGAAGAGGCCCUGCAGAGAUCCUGGGAUACCAAGCCUGGGCUCUUGGUGGGGGUCCCCGGAAUGGUGAAAGGGCUACACGAAGCUCAUCAGCUCUAUGGCAGGCUGCCCUGGUCCCAAGUCCUGGCCUUCGCAGCAGCUGUGGCCCAAGAUGGCUUCAACGUGACCCAUGAUCUAGCUCAUGCCUUGGCUGAGCAGCUGCCUCCCAAUGCAUCUGACCGCUUCCUGGAGACGUUCCUGCCACUGGGCCACCCACCUUUGCCUGGCUCCCUGCUGCGACGGCCUGAUCUAGCCGAGGUGCUGGAUAUACUUGGCAUCUCUGGCCCCGCUGCCUUCUACAAUGGUGGCAACCUCACGCUGGAGAUGGUGGCUGAGGCUCAGCAUGCAGGGGGUGUCAUAACCGAGGAGGACUUCAGCAACUAUAGUGCCCUCAUGGAAAAGCCUGUGUGUGGAGUGUACCGAGGCCACCUGGUUCUCAGUCCCCCACCCCCACACACAGGCCCUGCCCUCAUCAGUGCUCUCAAUAUCCUGGAGGGCUUCAACCUCACCAGCCUGGUAUCUCGCGAGCAAGCGCUUCACUGGGUAGCAGAGACCCUGAAGAUUGCAUUGGCCCUGGCUAGCAGACUGGGAGACCCUGUCUAUGAUUCUACCAUCACUGAGAGCAUGGACGACAUGCUCAGCAAGGUGGAGGCCGCCAACUUCCGGGGCCACAUCAGUGACUCUCAGGCAGCCCCUGCCCCACUCCUGCCUGUCUAUGAGCUGGACGGGGCUCCCACAGCUGCCCAGGUGCUGGUCAUGGGCCCUGAUGACUUCAUCGUCGCCAUGGUCAGCUCCCUGAACCGACCUUUUGGAAGCGGCCUCCUCACUCCCUCCGGGAUCCUUCUCAACAGCCAGAUGCUCGACUUCUCCUGGCCCAACAGGACAGCUAACCACUCUGCACCCAGCCUGGAAAACUCAGUACAGCCAGGGAAGCGGCCCCUCUCUUUCCUUCUGCCCACUGUAGUCCGACCAGCAGAAGGACUCUGUGGGACCUACCUCGCUCUGGGGGCCAACGGAGCUGCUCGAGGCCUCAGUGGCCUGACCCAGGUUCUACUGAAUGUCCUGACCUUGAACCGGAACCUGAGUGACAGCCUGGCCCGAGGACGCCUCCACCCAGACCUGCAGACCAACCUCCUGCAGGUGGACAGUGAGUUCACCGAGGAAGAGAUUGAGUUCCUGGAAGCCAGGGGUCACCAUGUGGAGAAGGUAGAUGUCUUAUCCUGGGUCCACGGCAGUCGGAGAACCAACAACUUCAUCAUUGGUGUGAAGGACCCUCGGAGCCCAGAUGCAGCUGGAGCCACCAUCCUGUAGAGCAUUGGGGUGGGCGGGGUCUCUGCUCCCCGCCUUUGCAUGUUCCCAGAGUCCCUCUUUCUCCCAGGUUUGGUCUCAGGGGGACCCCAUGGAUGCCUCAGAUCAGGGGCCAGAGGGGAUGCUUAGCAAACCCUAUCCCAGAGUAACUGGAAAAUUCUCCAACAGGAGGCCUUUGGUGGUAAUGAUGACAUCAGCGUCCAUGACCAGGCAGGCAGGACCUUGAGGAGACAGACUGUCUGUCUGUCUGUCUGUCUGUCUCCUCUCCUCUCUCAGCCAUGCUACCCUUGAGCUUAGGGAUGUGCUUGCAAACCCUUCUCAAGGGUCUCACAGCCCCAACACCUUCAGACUGGCCUGACCCAGGCCUUGUCUUCCAGCACCCCUUUCCUGGAUCUGGCCCCAUUUCUUAAGUGACUAGGAUUUUUAAAAAAUUGGCCAUUAUAGGGAGAGAUAAUCCUCCCCUUCCACCAGGGUGAGGCAGGGGCCUUGCAUUUGAAGGUCCCCGGGCAGCCAAGUUGGGGUGGGGGUGGG